AACAUGUCCACAACCAAGGCCUGGAACAACAGCUCUUCAGUGACCAUGUUUAUCCUCCUGGGAUUUGCAGACCAUCCAGAACUCCAGACCCUUCUCUUUGUGACCUUCCUGGGUAUCUAUCUUGUGGCCCUGGCCGGGAACCUGACCCUUAUCUUUCUGAUUAGAGGUGACUCCCACCUGCACACACCCAUGUACUUCUUCCUCAGCAACUUGUCCUUCAUUGACAUCUGCUACUCCUCCACAGUGGCCCCCAAGAUGCUCACUGAUUUCUUCCAGGAGCAAAAGACCAUAUCGUUCUUGGGCUGUGCUACUCAGUUUUUUUUCUUUGUCAGCAUGGGUCUCACUGAGUGCUUCCUCUUGACGGCCAUGGCAUACGACCGAUAUGCAGCCAUCUCCAAUCCCCUGCUCUACACUGCCGUCAUGUCCCAGGGCCUCUGUACACGCAUGGUGCUUGGGGCAUAUGCCGGUGGCUUCCUGAGCUCCCUGAUCCAGGCCAGCUCUGUAUUUCAGCUCCAUUUCUGCGGACCCAACAUCAUCAACCAUUUCUUCUGUGACCUCCCACCGGUCCUGGCACUUUCCUGUUCUGACACCUUCCCCAGUCAAGUGGUGAAUUUUCUCGUGGUGGUCUCUGUCGGGGGGACAUCAUUCCUCAUCCUCCUCAUCUCCUACAGCUACAUAGGAGCUGCUGUCUUGAAGAUCCGCUCAGUGGAGGGCCGAAAGAAAGCCUUCAACACGUGUGCCUCACACCUGAUGGUGGUGACUCUGUUAUUUGGGACAGCCCUUUUCAUGUACCUGCGACCCACCUCCAGCUACUCACUCAGCAGGGACAAGAUGGUGUCUGUGUUCUAUUCACUGGUCAUCCCCAUGCUGAACCCUCUCAUUUACAGUUUGAGGAACAGAGAGAUCAAAGAUGCCCUGUGGAAGGUGUUGGAGAAGAAGAAAGUGUUUUUCCUAGUUCAUGAAUGA